AUUUUUCUCCACUGGAAGCUACAGCAGAGAAUAAGACAAGGAGUGAAGAGAGAGAGAGAGAUAGGAGGGGAGAGAGAGAGGGAGAAAGAGACAAAGGAAGUGAGUGCGAGAAAGGACACGGCUUAGCAUCCGAACUGAUUCAACUGUCAGAAAAGAGACCAAACUUUUGUCACCAUGGUGGAGGUGAAGUGUCUGAGUGAUAACGAAUUGCAGAAUGAACUUGACAAACUCGGAUUUUCACCUGGCCCAAUACUACCUUCCACCAGAAAAGUAUAUGAAAAGAAGCUAGCGCAAUUGUUGGUCUCAACUUCCUGUGCACCACCCAAGAAGAAUGGACCCAGAGAACUGGACAGAGCUCAGGACAAUGAUGACAGUGAAGAGUUUAAUGCCACUAUCAUUUUGAAACGAAAUAUCACACCCUCAUCAGAAAAAAGCAAGGGACCCAAAAAUAGAUGCAAGACUUCCACCAGUAAAUCAAAAGCUGUAGAAAUCUUCUGCUCGGAUUCUAAGCAUACUGAGGGAAGAAGAUGUGCUGCAAGGGCACCAAACAUCAGAUACAAAGCACUGAGGAACCUCAAAGAGAAAGCUUGCUGCAGAGUGAACAGGAGAGCUGGAAACGGGAACCUGGAAGUGUUUCCAAUGGGCUUGACACUUGCUGUGUUCGGCAUCUUCAUUAUUGUGAUAUUUGUCUACAUAACCAUGGAAAGCAAGUAA